AUGUGGCCGGAUGCGCCGCCCUCCGCCGCCGGCGUCGGCCUCGGCUACGGCAUAGCCAUCGCCGUCGGUGCCCUCGUCCUCGUCUCCACCAUCCUUCUCGCCUCCUACCUAUGCAUCCGCGCCAAGGCCAGCGGCCGAUCCCCUCCUCCCUCCACGCUCCCGGCCUCCCCGUCCGCCGCCGCGGAAACAGUUGGGCUCGACGGGCCCGCCGUCGAUGCCUUCUACCCGAAGUUCGUCUGCAGGGGCAUUCCUCCGGCUGGGCCAUGCCCGAUCUGCCUGGCGGAGUACGAGGGCGGAGAAGCACUCCGGCGAGCGCCGGAGUGUGGGCACUGCUUCCACGCGGCCUGCAUCGACGAGUGGCUUCGGGUCAGCGCCACGUGUCCGCUAUGCCGCAGCUCGCCGGUGACCUCAGCGGCGGAGACGCCGGUGGGGACUCCGCUAUCAGAGUUGAUUCCUCUGGCAGCGCACCGACGGUGACGGGGAUCUCCGAUGGGUGCGUGAGUAGAUCUGAGAACGGUGAGGGUAGUUAAGCAUCAUUAAUAUUUUAUCCCUUUUAUUUGUUAUUUUUGACUUAUAAUGUUUUUUUUUUAAA